AUGUCGUCUCAACCACAAAGCUCAAUACCAGGCUACCGCCCAGGUCCCAUCCUAAGCAGGAACAAGAAACUCUUUCUCGCGAGCCUAGUCUUCAUUCCCACCGCCAGCUAUAUCUGGCUCAAACGCCUUGAAACAAAAUCCAAGCAAGAGACGAGAUUACUCGAAGAAGAAGGUCGUCGCAGUUGGAUUCAAUCCGAGAAAGAACGCCUCUCGGCAAAAGACCUAAGUGUCGCGGUGGGGAGAAGUGGUGGUGGUAUCUAG